GACUUUCUGUCACAUCAUUUGUAAACGUUCGUUAAUUUGCGCGAUAAUACAAGUUACAAUGGACGUGUAAUGAGCCGAACGUCGCGACUUUCUCUUAAUUGUAAUUAUAGUGUUAAAAACGAAAACAUACGCGCAGCUGGAACAGAAGGAAUAAUCAUUGACGUGAUAGUAAAAUAAAAAGAUGGCGUUGAACUGGGAGACGGUGCCGCUUCUUCCACUGAGGUGCAUUAUGGACCACCUCAGUACGGAGGACGCAUUAGCGGCGAUGUCCACCUGCAGACACUGGCGGAAUGCCAUGAUGCUAUACGAAGGCCGCAGGAGAACGUUUGAAAUGCGAGCCAAGCACAAUCUCGAGAAGAACUUGUUCAUCGCUCGCAUAUUCAAGAGGCACACGCGAAGCCUGCACGUUUACCUGGACUGCAACGAAACCGAACUCGAGAAGUUCAUGAACCUUGUACUUCCACAAUUUUUUGACUCAGCGAAGCUACAAGAAGUUAUAUUUAUCGGCCCAAGCUACAUUCAGCAAAGUCAUCAUGUGCCAUUUGUUAAACUGAAUAGAGUAAUAACUGAGAGUUUGGUGUUCAAACAUUUACGCAAUCUUCAGAGGCUUCAAUUCUUGGGCUGCAGGUUGAACACGCUGCACAAUGAAAAUGAGGUUUAUGCUCACAAGCAAAUCGAGUAUUAUUCGCGGCCACUCAACAUCAGUAGUGUUCAGACGCCGGCCGACGCAGUAUUAUCCAGUGGUAACCAACAUCUCAUGCAGUAUUCGACCUUGAAACACAUUGCAGUAGACUACGAACAGAUCAAUACGACAGCUUUAAUGACCCUCGCCCACCUGCCGAACUUCGAGUACCUGUCUCUAAACAUCACGCAUAAGAAGCAGCCCUACCAGGAGAUCGACUGGCCCGAGCUGCAACUGGUGUUCAGGAAACCCUUGUUGGUUACAGUUAAUAUUAUCGGAGUGCCAAUCAGAAGGUUCAGCGAGAUCAUGGUGAAAGUCUUGGUAUCAAACAUCACGCUCAUCUCUCUCAAAGUUAUGUUCUGCAAAUCUUUGUACACGCCGCUGCUGUCGCACGUGUCGCGUGUGUACGAGGCCAGCCUGCGCGAGGUGGUGUGGGCGGACAGCCCGCACGACUCGCUCGACCCCUACCAGCGCAUCGUGCGCCCGCUGCGACACCCGCAUCCCGAUACAUACGCGCACGUAAACCCGUUCGUGUUGUUAUGUUGGCAAUGCGUACACCUACAACGUUUGGUUAUACAUGGUUACUGGGUAUGGCAAUACGAUCUCCUGGGUUUCGUCCGCCUGCGCAAGACUCUGUCGCACCUGGAGAUCUCGGCCAUCUACAGCAAGCAGGACCGCUACAGCCACUCCAUACAGAUGAGCGAGGAGGGCAGCGUGCGGGUCAUGUGCGGGGACCCGCCCAGCGAUGUCGAUGCCGACUUCGUACAGGAGGUGAACGAAUACAUAGAUUUUAAAUGGACUCCGACACCUAUCGCGGGUCUUCACCCCGCCAUUCGCGGGCCCUGUUCCGCCGCCACACGCGCGGACUUCAUGCUACACGAGGCCAAGAAACCAGACUGGCCCAGGAUCAACAUGUAAGUCCAUACCCAUGGAAACUACAGUAACCACCAACAUAACAUGAUCUAUGUACUGAUGAUGUCGAAGAUUCGAUGGGGAUACAGGCAAACUAUAGAUUAUUUAAACAGGAAAUAUUUUGGCUUGUAUUGGUUGGGCGCAAAUUUAGCGGUUGGCGUAUAUAUUUAAUGCGGUUGACGCUAUUAAAUGCGAGUACUGUUAGAGUAAAAGACGAAAGUCUAACUAAAUCAAGAAAUUAUCGGACAGAUUCGCUAAAAUGACACCAUUUUAAUAUUGGUUGUCAUGAACAAGUUUAGCGCAGUAGCCGAUAGGUUUGCAUUCGAACAAAUCAAUAAUUCAAGUGAAAAUAUUUCUUUUUAGCGAAAUUAUUCGUCGUUAAUUAAUCGCCUGAUAGAAGAGAACUUUGCCAAAACUAGUGUAACAUCUUUGUGUUAUGUAUUCAUUAUGUAGUGUAAUGCACAAAACUGAACACACAUCAAAAAUAAGUAUGGUACAGACAUCAUUACCUAUGCUUGAAUAAUACGUGAUUUCGUUGAUCUACCUUAGAAUUAUCAACUUGAAUGAAUUUAUGAAGCGUCCACCAUCUUAAUGCCGUUCUUGAAUGAGGCUGUUCAACAUGUUGUGUGUAAAGUAUUACGCGUCAAACUACCUAAUGAGUACAUAGCUUUAUACCGCGUUUUAGGAUGUUAUUCUUGCGAUUAAAAGUCGCACCACAUCGAAACUAUUAAACGCGAGCGAUGUUUUAAGAGAGUAAUCGUUUCCCUAAUGCCCGAUAUUGUGCAUUGUUUAGCUUGUAAGUGUAAAUGCCACAAAGCAAGUUUGUCUGUAGAUUUAGAAAAGAGUGCGUUUUCAUUAACGAUGAGUUAAGCGGAAUUUGGCGGUGUCAGGUGGAAUGUGGAGGAAUUGCGCAGAAUUUAACCGACAGAAAGUGUUAUUAGCCGAAUAUAAUUAUAAUAGUCCGCUCCGCGUCAAUGUAAACGCACCCUACCUAUCGCUUUAUUUCAGUAGUUUCGAACCAAACUGAAACUUCUUUGUUUUUAUACAAAACAGUUGAGUGUAUUCCGAUGAAACUGCACGUGACUAUAAUAUGAUUCACAAGUCACUGCAAAAUAGUCAAAUAUAUAUUUUUAUACAAAUAUAAUAUAAGUAUAUACACGUUACUAUGAAGCUAAAUAUUAUUUGUUGAUACAUAUUGAAAUAUCUCACGAAUUAAAAAAAACAAUUGACUUGAAAAUCAGACUUACGAAAUCGUUCUUAAUAUUUAUAUUUCUGCGAUUAUUCUGUAGUGGAUACACGACAAUAAUGUAUUGUAAAAACUAAGUGUCGUUUGCUUUAUUUUCCUUGUUAUACACUGCUCUUACUCAGCAAUAGAGAAAGCAAAAGUAAUAAUAGGUACUAUAAGAGGCGUGGCUUGUAGAGGGCGUUGACGUUAUAAAUAUAGGAAUCUCAAUUUUGGGUGGAGUUAAAAACAGCCACGCCUCUUUUAUGGAUACAAAAAACGAACCAAAAUAAAACUAUCCCUAUAGAAUAAUGUUAGAAUACAUAUUUCAAUAAAUUGCUAUAUUACUUAAUUUUUAUUAGAAAUCUGUUUUGUUGACACCGGCCACAGUUACUUGGCUUUAAAUAGAAUAUUUAUGUUACACAAUUGAUAUGAAACUAUUUAUUUAUUAAGACAGCGUGAGUUACCUUUACAUAAAUAUAAGGAAAAUUUUAAAUAAAUAUAUAUCAAAAUAUUCGACGCUUUUUAAAAGUUUUGGGAGAAUGCGUUAUUACAAACGCUAAACUGUGUCAAAGUUAUCUUUUAGCGUUCUCCUCUGCUUUUAUUCAAAAAUCAAUAUUUAACGUAUAUUAAUUCAAUUAUAUUUAUUCUGAAAUUUAUACACUAAAGUUGCUCUUACAUAUUUUUCUUAGCAAAAACUUAUGUCGCAUUUCUAUUAAAAUAUACUUAGAAUCAAUGAGUAAAUAAAAUAUUAAAUAGGUAUAGAUGGCUAUUUUAAGGAUAGAUACUGAUUAUUCUUCCUUUCUUAAAGUGCAUAUUUGAACCUUACUAUCUCUGAUCGAAUCCAAGGUUAUUCGAUCUGGCUAUCUGAUUUAUUCAGUAAGAACUAGCAUGAUAACCAUCAAAACGAAAGAAGAUCCGAUUAACGUAUUAUUAUAGAAAAUAUUACAAAUACAAUAGUUGCAAUCAUAAAACGUUUCUGAUAAAAAUAUAGGUUAAUUCACCACACAAUGAUUUGUACGUGUAUUCAAAUAAGUUAAGCUCGAAUCAAUAAAAUAAAUCACCUGUUCAAAUAUGUACCUUAUUUUGAUAUUAUUUAAGUUCAAUUUGGUUUAUUACAGGUUGUAUACUAUACGCCAUGUUUUACAACAAAAGAUUUUCAUAUUUUAAAUAAUGAUUCCAUCAUUUCAAUAUUUUUCUGAUGAUUUUCAUAUACACAAUUUGUUUUAUAAACGUACAGGUUAGUGAGACAAGUUAAAUCGAAGUUUACAAUUUCUAUAAACAACCUGUAUAAAAUAUUUGACCAUCGAUAAUAGAAUUGUAGCGUAGACAAAAUCAAAGGAUACGUUCUAUUAAUCACGCCUCCCUAUUAUCGAUGGCAAAAUAAAUAUUUAAAUUUGGCAUGGUUUAGUUAAUGUAAUUUGUUUAUUACCCGUAGAAGUAGGUAAAAUAUAAAAAGUAAAAAAAAAUGUUUUUGCUCUAUCUAUUAAAAGUAAAAGGAGCCAAACAUCUCAAAGGCCUAAAGAUCUUGGAAAGUGUCCAUAUAAAUAAAUGUAUAGUUUUAAAAUUAUUGAAUUUGUCUGCGUAUACAUUCUUGCAUAAUAUUCAAUUUAUUAGACAAUGUAUUACGUAUAAAUGCAAAAGAAAAGUAUAUACAGACAAAUAGAGCUCAUGAAAAUUAUUUAAAUGUCUUGUAUGAAUACUGAUCGCAUAAUAUCUGUUACAAAAAUUAACGCGAUCGUCUGAUGCCAGUUUUAUAUUUACUCUUAAAGGUAUAUGGUAUCGGAUAAACAGAAUGUGUUUUCUUUUAGAAGUUAUAUCAGAUUGUCGUAAAAGAUUCUUCACGUGUCUGUAACUUUUUAAUGAUAACAAGAGUCACAUUAUGAAUUUCAGGAAUAUUCAAUCAUAUUUCAUUUAGAGUAAAAAUUCUACUGGCAUCAAAAUUUACUUUCAUCAGAAUAAUAUUACAAAGCGAUAAAGUUCCUGAAUCAAUUUCGUGUCAUGUUUUAAUUAAAAUCAAUAAUUUCAUAUAUUAAUAAAAAAGACAAUUAAUUCACUUAAUAGAUGUGUUAAGACACGCAUGUAAAUAGCUAUUACGUAGAACAUUCAUUUAAUAAGUAUUAAAAAAAUAUGUAAAAUGUAUUUCUUUAAAAUGUAUAAAAUUAUACAAUUGAAAGAGUAACAAGAACAAAACAAAGUUUAUACCAAAAUUCUUAUCAGAUUAAUAAUAAUAUUCGUAUUUGUAAGAUGUAACACACUUAUUAUACAAUUUAUACAAGUUUACAUUGGUAUUUACGACUGCAGACAAAAGUAUACAGAAUAAAAAUGUCGCGGUUAAGGAUUAUUGGCGAAUAACUUGAAUACUUUUUUCUUUGUGAGGAUGAUCCAAACUUAAAUGAUACUGAUAUUAUGAAUUCUGCAAAAAUAUUUGAAUAGUACACUUAAACAAAGCACUCGGUUUCUCUGAGCUGAUCUUCACAAAUCUACAGUUAAGAGUUAUUUGAUUUAAAACUUUAUUUUUAAAUCAACAGUCGCGAUCAGAUAAUUCGACUACAAAUAUUAUUGAUCAACCUUCUAAAAGUCAGUAUCCAAAUUUUAAAUUCUCAUAAAAUUUAAACCUGUAUAAAAAACGAUGACUUUGAAGUUGUAUGCUAACAUUCCUAUCAUUAACAACGACAUUUUUACACGAAUAUUGUACAGAACAUUAGAGUUUGCUAGUAUGUUGUAAAAACCAAUGUGAGCCCAACAAACCACCCACCUUGCCUAAUGAACAUUUAUAAAUUGAAACCAAUAUUGCUUUAAAUUUGUCUCCUUAGUAAUAGAACUGAAAAUAAAUAUUAUAGGUAAUAGAGAAUGGCCGAAUGAUAUGUUUGCUGGCAACAUCUCUGAAAUCGCGAAUUUAUCAUGUAGUUGUAAUAAUUGCAAUGUUAGAGAAACAAUGUGUUUUUUUUUAAUGGAAACACUUCAAUGCUGUUUUGAAACCUGCUUUUUAUUAAACUGUGUUAAAUGUUAGAUAUGUAUUACCUGACUUUAAGAAACCUGAUAAUACUAUCGUGAAGAUCAAGUAAUAUAAAGUUUCAAAGACUCACCACGCUACUGGUGUCUGAGACUAAGUUGAUGUAUGAUUAUCGUUGACGGUGAAUUCGGUAUGCAGCGAAAUAGUUUAUAGCCUGAUAAAUGUAAAUCAGUUAUAAACAAUCUAAAAAGCAGUCUAACAUUUUACGCCUAUUUUAUAACAUAAUAAACAUUUAGGUGAAUUUUUAUAAAUAUACAUUCCUACAAUUCCAGAUACAAUUUUUACAUGCUGCUAUAGCGCUGUAGUUUUUGAUGCGAUACUAAUUAAACCUUGAAAAUGUGGUGAUGCAGGUUUUAUCACAGCAUUGAAACAUGUCACACACCAAAGACUCCUGUCGCCAUACACAUCGCACAAACAAACACCGUAGCGACAUCUAUACUUAACUAUAACGAGUCAAUGUACUUAUAGUAGGCAGUACGUCAAUUGGAACAGCUUAAUCGACAAGACUUCUAUUGCAACGUAAUAAGGUCGAUAAUCGAUUAACGCUGUUCCCAUUGUACCACAGUCCAUCGUACCUUUGGUGUGAGGUUAUGUGAAAAUGAUAAUAAUAUCCAAAAGAAACGUUAAACAUCUAUCUAGUCAAGGGACCCGUACAAUUGUAAAUAUAGAACAGAAGUUAUCCAAACGGGUUCAAGAACAUUGCACAAACGAAUAACAAAGUAUUACAAAUACAUAAUUUAUAUCAACAUAGAGCUUUAAGCGUACUAUCGCGAUACUGUAUCAAAUACAGUGAUUUUUUAAAACACAAGUGCCACUACUGUGAAAUGUAAACACGACGAGAGUAUUCAAAGACAUACGAUAGGAGUAUUAUAUUAGAAAACGUAGGCAGAUGAACAAUGCAGCUAGGGAAAUAGGGAAUAGUUUGAAACUGAAUAUUAAAUAUGCAUUUUGAAUUAUUGAAGCAAAGACUAGCAGGUACUGCGACCAAGCCGCGAAUUACAAUUAAGAGAUUCGAAUCUGACGAACGAUGAAAUCGAGAUGAACCGUGACUGUACUAUAACCCUUGUGGAAGGGAGACGCCGCUACAUGAAAAGUAUCGCUGUUUCGCUUCCACUAAGACGACAGUCUUGUUUUAAGUGAUUUAGUACAAGCUCUGUUUCAUCCAAGCGACACGAUAGUCCGUCCCCGAACAUUAUCAAAUGCAUUUGAAAAUAUAGACUGAAAGAUCGUUUGCUGAAAUAAUCGAAUCUAAUACAAACGAUUUACCAUUCAAAGUCGAUGCCGCGUAAUAUGACAAAGACAUUUUUAAAUACAAUUAAAUCAAAUAAUUAAACCUAUUUAAUAUUUGUAUUAUGACUAUCAAUGGACGCGGUAAACUCAGGCUUCCAAAAUUGAGUAUUAUUAUCGAUUAAAUAUAUUCGAUUAGAGCCAACAUUAUUAAAUUGUAUCGUCAUUAAUAUAGUCACGCACAAAACUUGUGAUCAUAUUACGAACAAAAGACAACCUCCUACAUGCCUUUAUAGUGAACACAUACUAACAAUUUGAAAUUUCCAAAGUAUUUUCGAAUUAGAUUAAUAUUGUAGUAUACGUCUUGUUUGAUUGAGAUAGUGUAAUGCUUUGACAAUUUUGAGAAUGUUGAUUAAAUCAUAAUAGCUCUCUAAACAGUCCGGAAGGAUGAAGUUUUGUACCGACGAAAUCUUUUGGACGUCGCUUUUAUAAUCCAGUUUACUAGUUCUUAAAGAAGGAAUAUUGUUGUUGGAGAAGCAAGAUGCCGCUAUACGUGUCUCGCUCCCACAGCGAUAACGUUCCUCCUUUAAGAGUUUCAAACAAAUACAAGACCAACAAUAAAGAGAUAAAUGUAACAAAACGAUUAGUUUUUCAUCCGGUUGUGAUGAAACACGGUCUUAAUUAAUCAAGACCAUUCAUUAGGCCAAUAUAAAAGGCCAAUAAUUAUUGCUUCAAAUAGUAGUUAGUUAUUAAGUACUCUUUAAACUUAGAGCACGAUAAAAUUAUAUAAAAAAAAAGUGUUUAAAUAAUUUCCUUCAAAUAUUUUUUAUGACAUUUUAUAAAAGUUCGAACGCGUAUGAACAUAUAUUUUGUAAGGCAACGAAGAGACUUACCAACAUACAUUCCCUGAGACUGAGAAAUGCAUAGAAGAGGCUAAGAUCAUAAUAACAACGUUAUAAAUAUUAAAACAAAAUAAUAUUAAGAAAUCAGACCUAGGAACAAGGACCAACUUAACUGAAUAGGGUGGAAAAUUAGUAGUUGAAAUUUAUCGGCCAUUACUAAACUCUGUGGUUUUAACAUCAACGAAAGUGCGGCCAUUUGUGAAAGCUUUCGUAUUUUCUACCCUAUUUUUAACUUUUUUUAAUUCGACAAAUCUGGAUAUUUAAUCCACAAGAAUUUCGGAAUGUAACUGAUUGUGUAUUGUAUGACGUAAGUCAUUGCAAUAAGAUCUAUUUUUUGAUUCAACAAAUUGAUAUGUACAAAGACCAAAUCUGUGAUUUUUCUUCUAUAUCUCUUGUUCUUAUGGUCUGAUGUAAAAGCGAUGGGACAACAAAUAAAAAUGUGUAUUUUUAUUGUGACUAUGUUGGACGUCGUAUUAAGAACAAUAAUUGAGCAUGUUAUUCAUUCCCGCCUCUUAGUUUAUUUAUCAUUAUUUUUUUCAACUCUGUCCUAAUUAUGAAUUGAUUUAAAUUAUAUAAAAAUAUAUAUUUUAUCAAAAGAGUUCUUGCUUCGUUGGAAAAUUUAACUAUUGGAGUCACGCUCAAAAUAAAGACUCGUUAAAAUGGUUCAAAUAUAAUAAAUUACCGCUUUUUUUCUUCAAAAUUCCUUUCUAUAUCAAUAAUUUCACCGUUCAAUAUGUCUAUAUACCAGAUAUUAAAUAUACUUGUAAAAAAUAAUAUAAACUAAAAUGAUUUAGUCUCAUCAGUAUUUUAAAAGGACAGAGUUCAAAUAGCAAUUUAUAAAACCACCAAGACUCAAUAAGGCUGUGAAACAACUCGAGUUCGGUUUGGCAUCUUAUGAUAAACAAAUAUCAAUUUAUAUAAUAGGGAAUAAUCAAUGUAACAUACCUCUGCACGGAAAGUUACAAUCUGAACAAUUUUAUACAAAAAUAUAUAAAUACGAAUCUCCAUUUCAUGCAAAGGAUUUUGGUCAAAAAAAUGUAGUUUCAAAAAUGACAGGAUUUAAUCUCGUUUGUCACAGAUUGUACUUUUCGUGUAGACUUAUACUUCUGUGGUUUGUGACGUCAUCUAACAUGACCCAUGAUUUUGACAAAAGACGUGUGACGUGCAAACCUGCUGAAGUAUAGCGCAGUCUAGCUGAACCGAAUUGCCUAGAAUUAGACGAAAAUUGUUGUACUUACCCAUCUAAUAGUGAUAAUUAAAGGGGAAUGAGGGAGAAGGGAGAGGUGAUAACGUUAUCAACAGUUGUGUGUAAGGUCCAUGACUAUUUUAUUAUCUGUUAUGUUUGACAAACUUUUGACAUUGGACCUAUUUGUAUGUUUUUUUUUAUUAUUUAAGACUUUAAACGUGUUUCAAUAUUGAGAUCUGCUUAAUUUUGUUUAUCCAUUUGUAUCAUUGAGUGUUGUGUCAAAAUGUUUACAUUUUUUGAAAAAAAUAAAUGUUUAAUCUAUAUUUAUGUCUAAGUAAUGUUUUCAAAUUUAAUCGUUUCUAUGGAAAGUGUAAUUGCAUAGUAGCUUUUGCAUGAAAUAAUAUUUUAUUAGUGUAUGAACAGUAAUAAUGUACAAUCCUCUUGCCUUUCACCGCUUUUAUUGUUAACGUAGGUAAACUUCUAUGUAUACAAGGAAACAUAGUUAUUAUCUCAUUGUUUAAAAAUAUUCUGACAAGUCUUGACAGUUACAAAAGUUAUUAUUGUUUAAACAAUUAAGCUACACCAAGGUUUGUUAAAGGAGUCAAUUACUUUCUGUAUUUAAAUCAUAAUUAGUCUAGUCAGUUUUAAGAGUUUGUAAUUAAUAGUUUAUUAAUGUUACACUUGCAUUUCUUAUGACAUCUGUGGACGUUGACGUUGCCACAGACUACGAAUAUUCUAUCUGUCAUUGUAAUUGUCACUGUCAAAACUGUCAAAUUAUUGUCAAUACACCUACAGCCUCUGGAGGCGUGUACUUAUGGUGUUUUAACACGAAUUGUAUUCUAUGUAAUGUCUGGAUCUGUUCUAUAUGUAUUUCACAAUUAAAUGUAUUGAUAUGUGUAGUAGAUA